GGGUUGUGAGGGCGCAGGGCGAGAAUCUCACUUCCUGGUUAAAGAUGGCGGAUGAGAAUGAGACAGCACCGCAGCCGGAGAAAGAAACGGAGGUAGAAGUGGAUCACGGACACUGCAGCAACUGUGAAAAUGAAGAGCAUCACUCUGAUGACGGGGAGAAGGGGGACACAGGUGCCAAGAAGAAGAAAAAGAAACAGAAGAAAAAGAACAAAGACAAGUCUGGAGGAAAAGAUGCAGCACAGGAUCCGCUGGCCAAAUCUCUUCCUCAGGUAAACUCCCUCCCUGCGGAUAAGUUACAGGAGAUCCAGAAGGCAAUUGAGCUGUUUUCAGUGGGACAGGGUCCAGCUAAAACCAUGGAGGAGGCCACACGGCGCAGUUAUCAGUUCUGGGACACUCAGCCUGUUCCGAAACUUGGAGAGACUGUGAUGUCACAUGGCUGCAUUGAGCCGGAUAAAGAUAGUAUACGAGAGGAGCCCUACAGCCUCCCGCAGGGCUUCAGCUGGGACACUCUUGAUCUGGGAAACCCUGCAGUGCUGAAAGAGUUGUACACUCUCCUGAACGAGAACUAUGUGGAGGACGAUGACAACAUGUUUCGGUUUGAUUACUCUCCUGAAUUUCUGCUCUGGGCUCUGCGUCCUCCAGGCUGGUUGCCUCAGUGGCAUUGUGGAGUGAGAGUGGACUCUAAUCAUAAGCUAGUUGGCUUCAUCAGUGCCAUUCCAGCCAACAUCCGCAUCUAUGAAAUAGAGAAGAUGAUGGUGGAGAUUAACUUCCUGUGUGUGCAUAAGAAACUUCGCUCGAAACGAGUGGCUCCGGUACUCAUCAGGGAGAUCACGAGACGGGUCAACCUGGAGGGUAUCUUUCAGGCUGUGUACACCGCUGGUGUGGUGCUGCCCAAACCAGUGGGCACCUGCAGAUACUGGCACCGGUCCUUGAACCCACGAAAGCUGAUUGAGGUGAAGUUCUCUCACCUGAGUCGAAACAUGACUAUGCAGCGCACCAUGAAACUCUACCGACUGCCAGAGGCUCCUAAGACUUCAGGCUUAAGGCCGAUGACUGUAAAGGAUGUGCCAGCAGUUCACCGCCUGCUGAAUGAAUACCUGAGUCUGUUUAACCUGGUUCCCGUCAUGAGCCCUGAGGAGGUCCAACACUGGCUGCUUCCUCAGGAGAACAUCAUUGACACAUAUGUAGUGGAGAAUUCAGACGGGAAGUUGACUGACUUCCUGAGUUUCUACACUCUGCCAUCCACCAUCAUGAACCAUCCUGUGCAUCACAGUCUGAAGGCAGCAUACUCCUUCUAUAACGUACACACCACCACCACCCUGCUGGACCUGAUGGGAGACGCUCUUAUCCUUGCCAAGUCGAAAGGAUUUGAUGUCUUUAAUGCACUGGACCUAAUGGAGAACAAAACAUUUCUGGAGAAGCUCAAGUUUGGCAUUGGGGAUGGAAACCUGCAGUAUUACCUCUACAAUUGGAAAUGUCCCAGCAUGGGGUCAGAAAAGGUGGGUUUGGUUCUACAGUGAUCUAUUCCACCAUCCAUAAUCUGUGUCUCGCAUGACAGUGAGACUGAUUUAUGACAUCACACACUGACCACCUUGCCAGAUGUAACCGAUGGAUUCAGGAAGGAGAAUUCACCGCCCAUUUUUAAGUUUGAACUUUGAACUCUUGGACCUGCACUACUCCUCUGUCUCUCUCUCUUAUUCUUUCUCUGCUCAUGGACUUAAAGCCCUUGUAAUUACCAUCAAUCAGAGAUGAGGAACCUUAAUCUGUUAUGAUUGUUAACAACGGUGCGUGCACACACACACACACACACACACUCAUAGGUAACACCAGACAAGCUCAUGAUGAACCCUGAUGCAUAAGUGUUGCGCUGUUCACAUCAGUAGGUUCAACUCAUUUAGUGUAAGAAGAUUUUACUCUCCCUAUCCAAUGGGAGGUGCUUUUUGCAACAAAAAUGGAUGAAAAUGUUUAUUUCAUAAGUGUUUUAGAAAAGACCAGACAAUAAUCAAAGACAUGUCAAUUCCUAAAGAGAAAAAAAAAAAACAGCUAAUGAGAUAAUAAAAACCCCAAGUGGACAUGACAAGGGCUGCUGUCAAUGAUUUUCCUGUGGUCAUUCUCUUCUUCACACAUCUUAAACUUUUGCCAUGGAAACAAUGUCUCUACUUUCUUUUGACAAACUUUGACCAACUAAUGGGUGCGGUACCUAGUAAAAGAGAUGGUUUUAUCUGUCCGCUAAUCAGUUUAUUGCUAAUUUGUCUCUAACUGCCUGUGAUCCCCUUUCACUGUAUUGCCAACAGAGAGCACCAUGCUUUCUAUAAACAAGAAAAAAACUACAUUAGAUCCACAAGUUGACAGUUGUUGAAACUACAAUGUAUACCUGGCAGAUUUGGCAGGGGGGGUCAUCAUAAAUUAGCAAUAAUGUUGGAAAUGGUUUUGAUUGAGGUGGGUUGGGGAACUGAAAAAGAGUUGCGAAUGAAAUGUGGUGAUUUUUGUCUUGGAUGAUAUUGCCUGCUCAAAGUUUUAGAGCUCUAUAAGGAUUGGAGAAGGUCCUGAUUGUAUUGUAACUUAUUUAUCGAGUGACUUCAUCUGUCCAACAAAUAGAAGAGGAUUUUCACUCCAAAUCAGUACAGUUUUAUGAGUAACUGGCAGUAUCUAUUUAAAGUUGGGGUUUUCUUGAACGUAAUUUGAGGAAACAGGCUGUGGAAAAUACAAUGAAAACAACUGAAAACGGGUCUUUAGGUUUUUAUGAUGGAGGGAAAGAUGUCAACGUGUAUUAAUUUUUUUUCUUCUUUUGUGCUAAAUAAAAAGUAGCAGCUGCUGUGAA